AUGGCUUGCUCCUGGGCUGCAAGGAUCAGGCCUCCUUCUGCCUCCCUCUUCAGGCAUAACGAGACGGGAGUUGUUUCCUCCGCCCAUCCCCAAUUGUAUGCCGCCCUAGAGUAUGUAUAAAGAACUGUAUGUCCCAUCUUGACCUUUAUGUCAUGGCUUUGUGGGAAUCCUAGAAUCACAGAGUUGGAAGAGACCUCAUUGGCCAUCCAGUCCAACCUCUUGCCAAGAUACAGGAAAUUUGCAUUCAAAUUUGGCCAUCCAGCCUCUGUUUAAAAGCCUCCACCAGCAGAGAGUUCCACUACUGAACAGCUCUCGCAGUCAGGAAGUUCUUCCUCAUGUUCAGAUGGAGAUAGAUACAACUUUUGGCUUUCAUUCCUGAUUUUCUACUUCUUUCUUGACCAGGGAAAUGAGGAUUGUAUGGAGUCAUCUCUGGCCUCAUGAAGAACCAACAAGUUUUUAGUGGAGUUCAAGAAAUGUGAAAGUCAAAUGUGCAGCAAGGAAGAAGGUUCUGAUCUUGCUGAACUCUGACAUUUACUUUGGAUCAGAAAAGAAAAAAAGAAGAAUCAAGUAUCCAUAUUGCAAUUAAAUUAACAUAUCAUUGCCAACAUGGAAGAGAAAACAUAUCAAUGCAUUGAAUAUGGAAAUAUCUUUAGUCAGCGGUUACAUGAAGAAACUCACUCUGAGGAGAAGCCCUACACAUGUGUUGAGUGUGGGAAGAGCUUUACUUCAAGUCAAAAUGUACAUUUACAUCAAAGAACUCACACUGGGGAGAAACCCUAUACAUGUAUAGAGUGUGGAAAGAGUUUCAGUAAGAGUGGAAAUCUACGUUCACAUCAAAAAACUCACACUGGAGAGAAACCCUAUACAUGCCUGGAGUGCGGAAAGAGCUUCACUCGGAGUCAUCAUCUACAACAACAUCAUAGAACCCACACUGGAGAGAAACCUUAUCAAUGCCUGCAGUGUGGAAAGAGUUUUGCCCACAGUGGACAUCUACAUUUACACCAAAGGACCCACACUGGAGAGAAACCUUAUGCCUGCCUGGAGUGUGGACAGAGCUUCACUCGGAGUGAUCAUCUAAAUAAGCAUCAAAAAACUCACACUGGGGAGAAGCCCUAUGAAUGCCUGGAGUGUGGGAAAAGGUUCACCCAUAGUGGAAAUCUACAUAAACAUCAAAGAACUCACACUGGGGAGAAACCUUAUAUAUGCCUGGAAUGUGGAAAGAGCUUCACUGAGAGUGGAAGCCUACGUUCUCAUCAAAGAACUCACACUGGGGAGAAACCCUAUACAUGCAUAGAGUGUGGAAAGAGUUUCAGUAAGAGUGGAAAUCUACGUUCACAUCAAAAAACUCACACUAGGGAGAAACUCUAUACUUGUCUGGAGUGUGGAAAGAGCUUCACUCGGAGUGGAGAUCUACAUAAACAUCAAAGAACUCACACUGGGGAGAAACCCUAUAAAUGCCUGGAGUGUGGAAAGACCUUCUCCCAGAGUGGGGGUCUGUGUUCACAUAAAAAAACUCACUCUGGGGAGAAACCCUAUACAUGCCUGGAAUGCGAGCAGAGCUUCACUGAGAGUGGAAGUCUACGUUUACAUCAAAGGACUCACACUGGGGAGAAACCCUAUACAUGCCUGGAGUGUGGGAAGAGUUUCACUCGAAAUGAAGGUUUACAUAAACACCAAAGAACUCACACUGGGGAGAAACCCUAUGACUGUCUGGAGUGUGGAAAGAGCUUUCUUCACAGGCGAUACCUACAGAAACAUCAAAAAACUCACACUGGGGAGAAACCCUACAAAUGCAUGGAGUGUGGAAAGAGCUUCAGUGCGAGCGGCAGUCUACAUCAACAUCAUAGAACUCACACUGGGGAGAAACCCUAUGAAUGCUUGGAGUGUGGAAAGAGGUUUGCUGCGAGGGGACAUCUACGAAAACAUCAAAGAACACACACUGGGGAGAAACCCUAUAACUGCCUAGAGUGUGGAAAGAGCUUCACAUCUAGUGGAGAUCUGCAUAGACAUGAAGUAACUCACACUGGGGAGAGAUUGUAUACUUGUUUGGAGUGUGGUAAGAGCUUUGCUCGGAGUGGAGAUCUACGUUCUCACGAAAGAAUUCACACUGGGCAGAAACCUUAUACGUGCAUGGAGUGUGGAAAGAGCUUCACUCAGAAUCCACAUCUACACAGACACGAAAAAACUCACACUGGGGAGAAGCCCUAUAAAUGUCUUGAGUGUGGAAAGAGCUUCACUCACAGUGGGCAGCUACAGAGGCAUGAAAGAACUUACACUGGGGAGAAACCCUAUACAUGCUUGGAGUGCGGAAAGAGCUUUGCUCAGAGUGGAGAUCUGCGUCCACAUCAAAGGACUCAUACUGGGGAGAAACCUUAUAAAUGUCUGGAGUGCGGAAAGAGUUUCACUCUGAGAGCAAAUCUACAUUCACAUCAAAGGACUCACACUGGGGAGAAACCCUAUACAUGCCCGGAGUGUGGACAGAGCUUCACUGAGAGUGGAAGUCUACGGUCACAUCAAAGGACUCACACAGGGGAGAAACCCUAUACAUGCCAGGAGUGUGGACAGAGCUUCACUCAUAGUUCAUGCCUACAUUCACAUAAAAGGACUCACACUGGGGAGAAACCCUAUACAUGCCAGGAGUGUGGACAGAGCUUCACGCAUAAUUCAGGUCUACAUGCACAUCAAAGGACUCACACUGGGGAGAAACCCUACACGUGCAUGGAGUGUGGACAGAGCUUCACUCAGAGUUCAAGUCUACGUUCACAUCAAAGAAUUCACACUGGGGAAAAACCCUAUACAUGCCUGGAGUGUGGAAAGAGCUUCACUCAUACUUCAAGUCUACGUUCACAUCAUAGGACUCACACUGGGGAGAAGCCCUAUCAAUGCCUGGAUUGUGGACAGAGCUUCACUGAGAAUGGAAGUCUACGUUUACAUCAAAGGAUUCACACUGGGGAAAAACCCUAUAUAUGUCUGGAGUGUGGACAGAGCUUCACUCAGAGUUCAAGUCUACGUUCACAUCAAAGGACUCAUACUGGGGAGAAACCCUAUACAUGCCUGGAGUGUGGAAAGAGCUUUGCUCAGAGAGCAAAUCUACAUUCACAUCACAGGACUCACACGGGGGAGAAACCCUAUACAUGCUUGGCAUGUGGGCAGAGCUUCACUCAUAGUUCAGGUUUACGUUCACAUCAAAGGACUCACACUGGGGAGAAACCCUAUACAUGCCUGGAGUGUGGGCAGAGCUUCAUUCAUAGUUCAGGUUUGCGUUCACAUCAAAUGACUCACACUGGAGAAAAACCCUAUACAUGUCUGGAGUGUGGAAAGAGCUUCACUCAUAGUUCAGGUCUACGUUCACAUCAAAGGACUCACACUGGGGAGAAACCCUAUACAUGCCUGGAGUGUGGGCAGAGCUUCACAAAUAGCGCAAACCUCCAUUCACAUCAAAGGACUCACCGUGAAGACAAAUCCUAUAAACUCAUGGCAUGCUGAAAGAGCUUAUCUAAGAGUUCAAAUCUACACAGACAUAGAAUUCACAUUGGCGAGAAUAGUGAUAUUUGACCCAUAGAGAUUCUCCAAGACAGAUCUUUCCAACUUUUGAUGUUAGUGUCACACUUUUUUAGACAUUCAUCCUUUUGCCUCACAGUAAUUCAGUUUAACUAGCAAAUUAUAGAUUAAACCAACCCCAUUUAUGCUUUUCAAUAAAUACAAUGUAAUGUAAUAUAUUAA